AUGCGUACGAGAUUGUUGAUACUGGCAGCUCCAUUGAUCGCGGGCUUCAUUGUCGCUACAACUCUGUUAAUGGGAAGGGAUCGAUUUGCGCGACCUUUGUUUCAACAGGACGCUGAUGAUAGAAGACCCAAGACACCGGAGCUAAAGCCUACUCUUGAUGGUUGGUACUCUGCUCUUGGCCCUCGUUGUUUCUUUUCGCAAACACAACCAGCUUUGGCUGACCCUUCUCGAUCUCCCAGUCUAGAAUGUCCUGCGAUCAACAGAACACGAUAUGGCUCGCUCAAUAGCAAACUUCCUUCCGAUCCCGCCAUCAAAUACUUCUUCGCCCUCAACUUGCGACAAAACUUGCCUUUGUUACCCCAACUAAUAGGCAGCAUUGUCGAAGCGAUUCGUUUUCUCGGCCCGACACAAUGUGUACUGUCCAUAGUUGAAGGCAACUCUCCAGACGGCACCGCCGAUGUACUUGCUGCUCUCCGGCCAGCCCUUGAGAGUUUAAGAGUCACAUAUUAUUUCGAGUCAUCUGCAAUUGAUCCAAGCAAGGACAACCGUGUGGCGCGCCUUGCACAGCUUCGAAACAAAGCAUUAGCACCGCUCCUGGACUUGCAUGGUAAAGCGACAAGUGAUACAACCGUCAUCUUCCUCAACGAUGUAUCCGCAUGUUCCGAAGAUAUCCUCGAGCUUGUCCAUCAAAGAAAUGUUCUUGGUGCCGAUAUGACAUGCGCCAUGGACUGGACAUAUGUUGGCGAGCACCCUACCUUUUACGAUGUAUGGAUUGCCCGCACAAUCCAUGGCGAUUCUUUCUUCGAAAUCCCCCCGGACGGGAAUUGGAACUCGCGUCCCUUUCAAGUAUUCUCGUGUUGGAACGGCGCUACAGCAUUCACAGUCCAGCCAAUUUUAGAAAAGACUGUAGAAUUUAGGGCAGCGAAUGAAACCGCUGGUGAAUGCAGACAAGGUGAGCCGCAGUUAUUUUGCAAAGACCUCUGGUUCAAGGGCUACCGCAAAAUCGCCGUCGUUCCGUCCGUAAACCUUGAGUACUCUGUGGAAAAAGCAAAGAAGAUCAAGGAAGCCAAGGGAUUUACGUCUGACACAGUCUCGAAACAAGAGCCUGAGGGCGAUAAAAUAGAAUGGCGGCUCGAUCCUCCAAGUAUGGUGAAAUGCAUGCCUACCUGGGAGAAUCAGUAUUGGCAGUCGUGGAAUGAGACUUUGAAGCCGUAG